UUUGGAAAUCAACAUACACAAUGGCCAGCACAGUAGGAAAGACAAUCACUUGCAAGGCUGCCAUCGCCUGGGAGGCUGGCGCGCCUCUGUCCGUUGAGGACAUUGAGGUCGCUCCCCCUAAGGCUGGUGAGGUGCGCAUUAAAAUCCACCACACUGGUGUCUGCCAUACCGAUGCCUACACUCUCUCCGGAAAGGAUCCCGAGGGUGCUUUCCCCGUUGUCCUCGGUCACGAGGGUGCCGGUGUUGUCGAGUCCAUCGGCGAGGGUGUGACCUCCGUCAAGGUCGGCGACUACGUUGUCGCUCUCUACACCCCUGAAUGCCGCGAGUGCAAGUUCUGCAAGUCCGGCAAGACUAACCUCUGUGGUAAGAUCCGCGCUACCCAGGGUAGGGGUGUCAUGCCCGAUGGCACCUCCCGCUUCAAGGCCCGCGGAAAGGACCUCCUCCACUUCAUGGGUACCUCCACUUUCUCCCAGUACACUGUCGUUGCCGAUAUCUCGGUUGUCGCUGUCACUCCUAAGAUCCCCACCGAUCGAUCCUGUCUGCUUGGCUGCGGUAUCACCACCGGUUACGGUGCUGCUGUCGUGACUGCCAAGGUUGAGGAGGGUUCUAACAUCGCUGUCUUCGGUGUCGGCUGUGUCGGUCUGUCUGUUGUGCAGGGUGCUGUCAAGAACAAGGCCGGUAAGAUCAUUGCUGUCGACGUCAACGAUGGCAAAGAGGCCUGGGCCCGCAAGUUCGGCGCUACCCACUUCGUCAACCCCACAAAGCUUGAGGGCAAGACCAUCCAGGAGCACCUGAUUGAGAUGACUGAUGGUGGCUGUGACUACACCUUCGACUGCACUGGUAACGUCGGUGUCAUGCGCGCUGCCCUCGAGGCCUGCCACAAGGGUUGGGGUGAGAGUAUUGUCAUUGGUGUCGCUGCUGCUGGUCAGGAGAUCUCCACUCGGCCAUUCCAACUCGUCACCGGUCGUGUCUGGAAGGGAUGUGCUUUCGGUGGCAUCAAGGGUCGCACUCAGCUGCCCGGUCUCGUCGACGACUACCUCAACGGCGAGCUCAAGGUGGAUGAGUUCAUCACUCACCGCCAGUCGCUGGAUGGUAUCAACAGCGCCUUCGAUCAGAUGAAGGAGGGUGACUGUAUCAACUCUCUCCACCAAACCACCGCCGCCACCACCACCACCCCCACGUCCUCCACAGUCUAUACAGAGUACCUCCACGCAAGAUGGCUUCCCAAGACCCAAACCCAGUCCCCCUCCCAUCCCCCUUCUCCACAAUCCCCCGAACCGCCCUCCUCCUCGGCCCCUCACCAAUCCACCCCCUCCCCCCGCAUAACCGCCGAUCUCGCGCAAAACAACCCUCACCCCCGCGUAACCAUCUACGCCAAGCGCGACGACCUAAACUCCGCCUUCGCCUACGGCGGUAACAAAACCCGCAAACUCGAGUACCUGCUCGCCGACGCCCAGGCGCAAGGCUGCACGACCCUCGUCUCCAUCGGCGGCGUGCAGAGCAACCACACGCGCCAAGUCGCUGCCGUCGCUGCACGCUCGGGUCUAAAAGCCCGUCUCGUGCAGGAGCACUGGGUCGAAUGGGUUGAUCCGGGCUACGAGAGCACGGGUAACAUCCAGCUCUCGCGACUCAUGGGCGCUGAUGUGCGACUUGACCCGUCAGGGUUCGGGAUCGAGCAUAAGAAUACCGCGCAGGCGGUCGUAGAAGAGGCCAAGAAGGACGGCGAAAAGCCGUACUAUAUUCCUGCAGGUGCGUCUGAUCAUCCGCUUGGUGGACUUGGGUUUGCGCGGUGGGCGUUUGAGGUCAGACAGCAGGAGCAGGAUAUGGGUAUUUUCUUUGAUACUGUUCUUGUUUGUGCUGUUACGGGGUCGACGUUUGCGGGGAUGAUUGCUGGGUUUAAGUUGUUGGAGAAGAUUUAUCCUGGGGAUGCGAAGAGGAGGGUUAUUGGCAUUGAUGCUUCUGCGACUGUUGAGGCGACGAAAGCGCAGGUUUUGCGUAUUGCGAAGAAUACUGCUGCUAAGAUUGGGCUUAGUGAGGAGGAUAUUACGGAGGAGGAUGUUGAGCUGGAUGAGAGGUAUCACGCUGGGAUUUAUGGUGUUCCUAAUCGACAGACUUGGGAUGCUAUUGAAUAUGCAGCGAAGAUGGAGGCGUUCAUUACUGAUCCGGUUUAUGAAGGCAAGAGCUUUGCAGGUAUGAUGGAUAUGAUUCGUCGGGGGGAGAUUAAGGGUGGGAAUAUCUUGUACGCACACCUUGGUGGGCAGUUGGCUUUGAAUGCUUACUCCGAGCUUGGUCGAACCAACGAAUAG